GCUGAGACGUCGUCCGGAGUCACAAUACGUCGAACCUGCGAAGUGAAAGCUGCUGUCAAAUCACCGACUGUAUUUUUUUGUAAACAUUGCAACUAUGCAUUUCAACAGGCUUGUCGCGUCUAUCGCGCUCCUGACGGUCGCAGGCGUGAGUCGGGGAAGCCCAGUGGUCGUCACAGCCCCUCCCGAAGUGGCCGCCCUGUGCCCCUACACGCCGGGGGAGUACCCUCUGCUGCUGCCCAACCCCGUCGACUGCGGCUCCUUCUACAUGUGCAGCUGGUACGGGACGGCCUUCCUUCAGUAUUGUCCAGCGGGGCUGCACUUCAACGUCAAGCUACAAGUGUGUGACUAUCCGGGUCACGCCGACUGUGUCCAGAGAACUACAGCUGUUCCUGUCAACGUAACUACAGCUGUUCCAGUCAAUGUAACUACAGCUGUUCCAGUCAAUGUAACUACGGCUGUUCCAGUUAAUGUUACUACAGCUGUUCCAGUCAACAUAACCACAGCUGUUCCAGUUAAUGUAACCACAGCUGCACCAGUCAAUUCAACUACAGCUGCACCAGUCAACGUAACUACAGCUGUUCCAAUCUCCAAAGUAGCUGCAGCUGCUUAAGUUCCAGUGUAACAGCGGUGUGACCACGCCUGCUCCAAACAGCUGUUUUUUCGCCGCAGAUAUUCGAAUUUCGGAUCUAAUUACAGUUUAUGGAGUCAUUCUGAACCGCAUUUUCAUAAUUUAAAAUACUUUUUUAUUAAUGUUUUUUUGUAAAUUAAUUUAUUUGUUGAGAUGUUUUAAGAAUAAAAUGUUUUAUUAAUCA